AUGGAGAGCGCACAGACCCAGACUCAUCCCGCCUGGUGUGUCAUCUAUGGAGUUGGCAUCAUCUUCUUUUUGGUUCUCUAUGGAAUCUUUCAAGAAGGAAUCAUGACAGUGCCCUAUGAUGGUGCCCUCUUCCAGUAUUCCGUCUUCUUGGUGCUGUGCAAUCGCUUGGCAGCGGUGGUCUUCGGCCUGGUCAUGGCAGUGUCCAAAGGCGAGCAGUUGACCAACCAGGCACCACUCUGGAAGUACUUGAUCGUGUCGUUGUCCAACGUCUAUGCAAGUACCUGCCAAUAUGAGGCUUUGAAGUACGUGUCGUUUGCAGUGCAGAUGCUGGGCAAGAGCUUUAAGAUGAUGCCAGUGAUGAUCUGGGGCAUGAUCAUUUCAGGAAAAUCCUAUGGCUUGCGUGACUGGGGUGUAGCCCUGGCAGUCACACUGGGAUGUACAGAGUUCUUGAUGACCGGACCGACGAAUUCCAAGGUGGACUCUGGAAACAGCAUGUGGGGCUUUGUGCUCUUGGGUGGCUUUUUAGCGCUCGAUGGAUUGACAUCCACCUUCCAAGAAAAGCUCUUCAAGGAACACCAGACCACGAAGUACAACCAGAUGGUAUACAUCAACAGCUUGUCAGCGACGGUCUCGACUGUGACUUUGCUGGCGACGGGCGAUUUGGUGCCUGCCAUUGGCUUUGGUCUGGCACAUCCCAAGUUCCUGUUGGACAGCGCCCUGCUGAGCGGCUCCGCUGUGGCCAGCCAGUGGUGCAUCUACUCCCAAGUGAAGGAAUUCGGCGCCUUGGUCUUCGCAGCCACCAUGAAUGUGCGCCAAGUGGUGUCCAUCCUGGUGUCCUACGUGAAAUAUCACAACCCCGUCACGGGGCUUCAGAUCCUGGGUUUGGUGAUCAUCUUCGCCGCCCUGUCGUGGAAAUCGCUUUCAGGGCUUCUGAAGGCGCAAGACCCAGAGAAGAAACCCCUCAUGGAUGCGGAAAAGCCAGCUGAUGCUAUGGACAAGAAGGUUUGA